AGCGCGCAAGCCUUGAAAAAACAUCCCAGCCAGCUGAAAGGCCUAGUAGUAUUCUAGAACUUGAAUGUCCGGCCAACCGCGGAGCAUCUUCUCCUUUGUCAAGUUAUGAUUCGAGUGACGAACAGAUUUCAGAUUUAAGUGCAAACAUGACGCCCUUCAUUAGAGCAGAAAUAAGAGGGAGAUGGCCUAGUUUUGUACAUCAUUGUACACAAGCUAAGGAAAUUUGGGUUCAGUAUCACCAACUUUUACCUCAGUUUGGCCUUCGAUUGAAUGAGGAUACAUUACGCAUCGAGAAGGAAUUUCUGUCAAAUUUUAACAACGAAUUUGUCAAUUUUGCAUUUUUCGGAUUGACACCAAGUGAAAGUUCGUCGAUUUCAAAAAUGAUUUCGAAUGAUGCAAACCUUGCACCAAUUUUCUACCAAGCUGAAAGCAGAUCCGAAGAUUUUAAGAACAUUUGCUCUCAAAAUCAGAUUGCACCGCUGGUUAUCAUAUCCCAUGUUGAUGCGGAUAAAUCUGCAUUUCUUUAUGCAGAAAAAUACAGAAACGCAAGCAAACCCGAACGGGAUUGUGUUGUUGUUGUUGUUUGUGAAAACAAGCAAUGCAGUCAUAACAAAAGCGAUUUGAACAGAUUAAUCGCUUAUACUUGUGAGUGGAAUGUGACGAUGACACAGAAGGAGAUUUCGAUACUGCUAAAACGAUGGACGUACCGGAUACUAGCUCAAAGAAUAAAUGCAAUGAAGAUACUUUUAGAUUCCAUGAACGAUUGUCAAUUGCCUUCUCCUGAAUGUAUUCAGCAAUUAUGUGUCCAUGGAAUUGAGAAGGGAGAUGGAGCUAUGCAACACAUCGAUGACCGAAUAUGUUCUGUACGAAAACUGAAGGAACUCUUAGAAGAGAGUCGAGCGUUAUAUUCGAGAAACCAUGUACCUCCUACGGAUUUCCAAAAAUUUGCUCCGAAUUUGCGAAGACCAAGUGAAAAGCUGCUCAAACAAAUUUCGAAAUCUGAUUGUGUCAUUGGAUGUGGCGACAGAUUCGGAACACUUCUGAUAUUGAUCGACGAAGAAUUACAAAACAGAGAAACAAUUGAAGAACAAAUGAUAACUGAAUUGAGGGUCUUCGAAUUAGGAAAAGGUGACUUCGAAUUUAAAUACGUGCCAAAAGGACUAAGGUAUUUUCUCAAAUCAGGUGAAACUAUUUUUGUUAACAAUGACAAAUCCUAUGGAACCCUUGCUGGCUUUGCAAUUCAAGACGAAGAUGGUUCGAACGGACAAGGCAACGUAUUUGCCCUGUUUUCUCGACAUGUAGCAGUAUGCUGCACAAACUCGAAGCUGAAGGUUCAAGAUAAGACAGUCGGUGAGGUAUUGCCAUCUGAUGGUGGUUGUAUUGAUAUCGCAGCCGCUAAGAUUUACUCUCACCUUGUGAAAUCAUGUGGCAAUAAGUUUGUAACUGAAGAAAACACAGAGAAGACAAGUGUUACUUUUGAUCCGUACGCAAAAGACAACUCUUUACCGGGAACUUUAGUUCAUCUUGUUGGCGCUGCAUCUGAAGAAAUAGGACUUGGCAAGAUAACUGUUACAAAGUAUUUCUCAGAGCAGACACAGGGAAUGAACACAUUUUUGAUAGAAAAUAGGGUAAGCAAUACACAUGUAUUUUGUGAACCCGGUGACAGCGGCGCUAUGAUCCUGUCUUAUUUACCAGAUGAUGACAAACUUGUAGCUAUUGGGAUGUUGAUUGGUUCUUUCCAAAACAACAAUGACGAUGAGACGGAUGCGUUUGCAAAUCCAUUUCCAUCAAACAGAAAGAAGCAUAGGGCAACAUACGCUGCAGAUGAAACAUAUUCAGCGUUCUAUCUGAAGGAUGGCUUGAAUGAACUGAGCAAGAUUCAUGGCAAACGGUUCCGCUUAUUGGGCGAAAACAAUAACACGUAUUCUUGCGAGGGAAGUAACACAUGUGACGGAGCUUUUGCUGUUGUCAAUUGACAUGUUCUCACAGCACAAAUGUAAAUAUUGCCUUUAAAAUUAGAAUGUUUGAAACAAAAUAUAAAAAAUAAGAACAUUUUAUUCGAAAUGAUCAUAUACAAAGCAAUGAGUAAUCUACACGUGUAAAGGAAUUACUAUUUAAUUAUUAUGCAAUCGUUGCAUUGACGUUGAUAUAUUGAUCGGUUUUAAAUGUGUAAAUUAGUGAAAAGUUUGUUUUUCGCAUCCGAAUUUUAAAAUUAGGUUAUUGCCAUUCACUUUUACUAUUAACCGAUUGUUUUACAAUAUACCCUCUUUGUCGUUUUCCAUAGAAUCAAUACCUGAUUUGAAUGUACUUUCACUCUGUAUUUGCUUUUAGUGUCUGUUGUUUCAUUCUAUUGCUGACGGAUAUAAUGCAAGAAACACACUUGCGAUCUGAAAUUGUUUAAUCAAUGCAGCGCCGGUAUAGACUGGAUGCCUUAUUUUCGGUUUAUUUUUCCUCAGUGUGUGAAAGGUUUAGUUAGAACAUUUGUAAAUAUAACUCCGGAUCCAUUACCUUAACGUCAAGGUCAACGUACGCCUGUAAGUUUGUUUGUGUUUUUGCUAUAAAAUCCUUACAGUUAUAAGAGGCUCGUAACCGGUCCAUAUACCUCAUGCAAUAGUACAUUAUGGCUUAAAUUAAGUUUAUUUCAUUAUAUUCCAGUGUUUUGCUCUGCCCAAAACUGAUUGUCAUUGAUUGCGUGUCUUCAAUUUAAUUGCGAGGUAUACCGUAAAAGAUACAUUUUUAUAUAUAGCUGUGAUCCACUUCAAGUAUGUAUAAACUGAAACAACUCAUUGAAAGUACUUAUAUUUAUGAACUCAAAACAUAAGUACAUAUGUAUAUAAAGAUCUAAUUUACAAUGAUAAAUACAGUAUAAAAUAAAAUACUAUAUUUUUCAGUGAAAAAUCGCAUUUUAUUCCACGAGUGUCAUAGAAACACAUAUUUUCACCACUAGUUUUUCUAUGAUCAGGAGUGAAAUUGAAUAAUUGGAUCUCACUCAAAAAUAAACAUAUUUUCUGUUUCCUUUAUGCUUAUUUUCUGAGUCUUCUUACUAUUUUCAUUUAUUUUCUCUAAUAAUCUAUUUUGAAAUGGUGUUACUUACGCCGCUACCCGGAGGACUUAAAAUUAUAGCUGAUGUCGUAGCUGUCAAUGUUUUAAUUCCGGUUUGCCGAGAAAGAAUUCUCUGAUAUUCUUUUUAAUAGUUUAUUAUUCGCUCGUUUUUUUAGUGCAAUAUUUUUUUGAACAUACUUAAAUACAAUUUUAUCAGUAAAUUAAUUUUAAAAAGGCACUGUUAUAUUAAACUGGACAUGAAUACAUAACCUAAUUACUACGCAGCUGUAUUCAAUGAACAUUUAAAAGGAGCAAAACAAUUGUGGAGAAUUGCGUAUGAUAGUUGGAUUUAAAACAUUUUUUUUUCAAAAUAUAAGAGUGUAUUUUAUUAAUCAUGGAUAUUCAGUCAUCUCACUGUGCCGCUUGAAGGAAGUUCGUUGUCCAAGUAAUGAGUAAAAACCAAGCUAGGUUGUCGACAAUUUAUGAGGCGUGAUAUUUUCACUGUUGUUAAUUUACUGAUAAAACUUUAUAUUCAAUCGAAAAGCAUGAAAGAAAACCCUUUUAUUCGUUUGCUUUGUUGUGACAUUAUAUUGCUUUACCUUCACAUUUUACGUAUUUGAAACAAUCGUCAUUAUUUUGUAUGUAUUGAAUGCUGAUAUGUUGUCUUUUAACUGUGAAAUGUAUAAUGUGUAAAUGUUCUAUUAAUUCAGAUUGCUAGGUUGCGGUAUGUUGGCACUUUUAGUAUGUGUAGGUAUAUUAAACCCCAUCCCGUCUAUGAAGCGUCUAUGACGUGACCUUUCACCUUUCAACUUUUACGUUGUCUUACCUUUAAAAUAUCCAAAUGCUCGUAUCAAAAUAUUUCUCACAUGUUCUACUUGCUAUGUUACGUGUUAAUGUUUAUAAUUGUAUUUUGUUUUUCGCACGGGCCAUUUGGCUUAUUGAGCCCGUAUUUAAAUAUAUCAUAUAUCCUUGUGUUUUAUGUUAUGUUAUGUUAUGUAAACCAACUAUCGUUAGUGAUUUCCAUUCAAAAGGCUAAAUUAUUUUAAGAUUUAUAAGAUAAGACGAACUUAUGAUGUAGUAGUGUUUACUUCUAUU